GCCAGGAUCAAUCAAAGUCAACUGCGCUGCUAGGCUACCAUGCUCAUUUGAUUGUUAGGAAUCAAGCCUUGCGAGCUACUGUGACGGAUCUAAAUCCUCUGGAACCCUUGCGUUACAACCGUUUGCUGUCGCGUUCUUCCAUAUUCACGCAACUCCAAAGUCACACAGCUAUGAACGUCGAAUACAUACACUUCCCUACAAUAUCAACUUCGGAGAAGCCGAUUUGAAAUUUGAAAGAAGACGGGAUAUUGGCGGCGUGUUAGGCGGGAGUUGGAGUCGGGGAUAUUACGGUGAAAGGCAUCCAUCCCAAGGGCAGUCAACUUCCUCGCGUACCAGUACACCAUGCUCAGAAUCGUCUCGCUCUUUCUUCUCUGCGUUGUGUCCUAUCGGGUUGAUGCGAUAUCGCCUAUCUCGGUGAAGGGUACCAAACUAUACGAUGAGGAUGGCAAUCAAUUCUUCGUCAAAGGUAUUGCGUACAGUAGGACUAACUCGGCGAUUGUGGAUGUCUUGGCCGAUACGAACCAGUGCCAAGUCGACGCAGGCCUGAUGAAGAACCUGGGUGUAAACACGAUUCGUGUCUAUAUAGUCGAUGGCUUGGAAAGCCAUGAUGGGUGCAUGCAAGCGUUUGAAAGCCAAGGCAUCUAUGUGUGGCUUGAUUUGCUCACACCGAUGGUGGCGUUCAACCGCGAACAUCCUGAGUGGACAAUGGCCAUGUACAACAAUUGGACAGCCACAAUCGAUGCUUUCGCUGGCUACGAUAAUAUUCUAUUUUUCACUGUCGGGAACGAGGUUAUCAACGAUAUUGACUCGACCAAGUGCGCACCAUAUAUUAAAGCGGCGGUACGAGAUAUCAAGGCCUUCCGCGACGCCCGAGGGUACCGCCCUAUCCCCAUUGCGUACAGCGCAGCGGACAUCAUCAAUUUUCGGCAGUCGACGGCGGAAUACUUAGCCUGUGGCGAUCCGAGCGACGGGAUCGACGUAUUCGGCAUGAACAUGUAUAGCUGGUGCGGCAACUCGAGCAUAUACUCCUCAGGCUACGACGUGCUGUACGAGGAAUAUCAGGCGAUGAAUAUCCCCGUGCUAUUCUCGGAAACGGGCUGCAAGCCAGAGAGUGACACGCGAAACUUUGACGAGGUGUCAGCCAUGCUGGGCCCCGUCUUCCAGGCCGUUUUUUCGGGCACCGUCGUGUACGAGUGGAAAUAUGAAGCCAAUGAGUACGGCAUCGUAAAUUAUACCAAUGGCGACAACAAGGGCUUUCCAACCACGCUGCCGGAGUACAACUCGCUGCGCACCGUCCUCUCGACUGCCAAUCCCACCGGCACUACCAUGAAGGACUACACCCCUUCCAAUACUGCCCCCGUAUGCCCCAAGUCAGACCAUGAUUGGCGCGUGGAUGCAAACGCUGCACUUCCCACCAUCGCGGGACUCAAGACCGAGUCCGUAACAGCACGUACCACCAUCAGCGGGACCUCAACAGCCACGCAGACGGGAACCGCAGCAGCCGUAGAUUCAGGGCAACCAUCCGGCACGUCAUUCUCUUCCGCUGGAAAUGGCCAGGUCGGCGGGGGAGCAAGCGACAGCGAUAACAGGAGUCUUGCCACAGGCGUCAUUGCCGGCAUCGCAGUCGGCGGUAUCGCUGCAGGGGCCGCCGCCAUGUUCGCAGCAUUCUUCAUCUUCCGCAAGCGGAAAACAGCUAAAAGGCAGCAGCAGGAGGCGCAAACUGCGAUAGCAAACUACCAGAAUGGGAGCGGCGACGAAACUCACAUUUACAAGAAAGAGUUGCCGGCGGACUCAGCCGGACAUUACGCGCCAAAACAGGAACUGCCUAACGAUAAUAUGAUACAUGAGCUUGGACAUGACGAACGCCGGAUAUAUCAUGAGAUGGAUGGAAAUGCGCCGGCGGAGGAUAAUAUACAUGAUCGAGGAGAAUGAAGGAGUCUGGACAUGACGUUUGUAUAAAAGAGAUAUGUACAUAGGAACGGAAC